AUGGAACCUAUCAGUGGCGCGCUUGAUCAGUUCGGUCAAGACACCGAUCCUAAGCCUCAAGCCCUCCUCGCUGAGGCCACCGUUGAUCAGCCCGCUGAUUCGGACGGAAAGACCCGAGAGACCGCCAGUCCGUCAUCAGAGCGCGUUGAGACCACUUUCGAGGAACCUGCUCUGCUCGCGGACCGAAAUGUGGAAGUCUACGGCCGCGCAAGCGCCUUGCUCUUCAUCAAUGAUAAGCAGCUACCUGGUUUCCAUCACGACUAUGUCAAACGUCUUGGUCGAAACAGCGUGGCCCCGGGCUUGUGUGUCGAAGUCCGACCUCGAUGGGGUCCAAACACCGAGAGCGUGCUUUCACUGAAACUCCUCAUUCGCGAUGGGAACGUGUCAUACCCAUUCGCCUACAUCGAAAUCAACAUGUCGAAGUUGGAGGAAGUCGUCAGCACGCAAGUUUUCUCUACCACAGAGUCUGACGCGAUCAACCGCCUUAUCACCCCAGGCAUCCAGUCGUUCCCCGGUGCCGUGGAGGUCAUAAACCCGGAGGAGAAGCACCGAGACCUAUUCAACGAUGUUGAGGAGAGCGCUUCGCUCGCCGAAUACAUCAGAACCGCAACCUCCUCGUUCGCAAGCGCCUCAGUCAUCGUGAACGCUGGCCACGUCACUCAGGUUUACCCUCCGUCGUUCUGGGGCAGCUUGGCAACCUUCCCUGCAUCACUGCAGACCAUCGUUCGCGACGUCAGGGCUCUUAUACAGCAAAGCUUGCAGCCUCACUCUGUCAUUAAAUGGGUCGUCAUUUCCCCUGCAAUCGAGGGCUGGAAUAAGCGAUGGGACCUCUUCAAAUCCCGAGACAUCAGGCGCGGCGCCUACCAAGCGUUUACUUGCGCGUGCCGCGGAGGCAACAUUAAUGAUCUUGAUUACGAGAAUACCACCUUUGACGACGUGGAUCGAACAGACAGCUGCGGCGGCGCAGCCCGUGCCUUUAUUUCCCGGGAUGAACGAACCGUAUCCCUUGUCGUCGGUGCAGCCGAUGAGGGCAUGUGUAAAAUUAAGCAAGCCAUCGCCUGCGCAGAGACUACCUUCCCCGCCGCGAUGUUCCCUGUCCCAAAUUCAGAAUGGAAAGCCAAACCGUCAGAUCUUGAAAUCGGCACCCGUGCUGAGCUGUUCCUCAACGUGGGCCAACGGCCUCACCCCGUUCCUCCGAUUCGGCUCUCGCCUGGUCAAGCCGCCGAUUUGGCCAUGAAACUGCAGAACCACUUUGCCGCAUCCAUCGACAAGGCCCACAACAAACUUGUCGAUGCCGAGGACAUGUAUGACAAGUUGGUGAGAAUGAAGGCGUCUGAGGAAGAGAUUGCAAAACAACAGGACUACAUUGACACGGUCUACGAGAAUACAUACAUGGAAUACGCCACCGCCAAUGUCUUAGGUUAUAUCUCAAGAAUAUCGGAUCACAUUACCCAUGAAACGCCCAACGCAACAGACGACGUUCGUCGAUGGGUUCAGGCACAGCUCAUCGCCCAAGAACUCCGCGCUCAACCGGGAGAAGACGAGAUAGCACACUUUAAUCGAAUCCAGACCUGGCUAGCCCAGCAACGGAACAUCAUCCGCCCAUUGGUAAACCAACGCCAAGACGAACCCUGGAAAGGCUUUCGAGUCAAUCUGCCAGCCGGAGUACGCGAAGACAUCGCCUUGUUCUACGUGGAAGUUCCUCUCCAGGUAGACUGGCCCUGUGGCUUUGAACGGCCCCCUUUCAUCGUCGACGCCCCUCGCAAAGUCCCGCUCUACCUGGGCACAUACUUUGCAAAUAUCACUCGUGGCGAAAAGAAGAUCCUCGCCCGUAUCGAGUAUGAUGUCAAUGACAAAUCCCUGUGUUACGAGGCAAACGCAAUCAACGUCAUGAAUAACGUGAAGGACAAUUCAUCUGCUGCGGCAUGGUGGGAAUACAUUCUGGCCUUUGACCCGGACCUCAUCACCCGAGAGUUAGAUCUGUGGGCGAGAUUCCCAGGCAUCGCGGACGGCGCUGCCAAUGGUCGUUUCGUUGGACGGCACCUUGAAGCAGCGUGCAUGCUAAAGAAGACUAGACAGGGCAAAGUUAUUAUUACGGGAGGCCCUGGCUCCGGAAAGACCUAUUUUGGAACCCUCAUCGCGCAGGCCGUCGUGGAAGGAGGAGUCGUGGACACUUCACGUACAUGUAUCUCAAUCCCAUCAGCAGCAAGUAUGACAUGGGCGGAGCUAGAAAGACAAUGGAACAGGCAAACCAACGCUCUGCGCAAAGCCUUGGUGGUGUGGACUGCACCUCAGGACGCGCAAGUCCUUGAUGCGACAACCCGCCUGCACAAAACAAUUCCCGGUAGCAUCAUCAUAAAAGUGCACACAUGGAAAGCAGAGGUCGCAGCCUUGCUGGACGCAGGGGUCCGUAUUCCAGAGCUCAUGGAACCAAGGCCCAACGCCACCGCUACGGAACGCACCAUCGCCCGAUUGGUCAACGCCUUUCGCAAGAAGGAGUUCAACCAGCUCAGCCCGGCUACAAACCCGUACAGCAUCUCGUCACAGUUGCGGGCACGGGCGAUGGCGAAUCCUGGAGCAAACCGAUUGUUGUUCGAUAUUUAG